AUGAACAGGAGGGUUUCAAAUAUUUCCAUUUUGGUCAUUAUUAUAAUGAAAUCUUUCUGAGCAAGUUCUCUUUUCUUCUCAGAGGGAAGAGAUAGUAAUAAGGAGAAAAAUGCAAUUCUGAAAUUUCUUCUACAGCAAAAUUGCUAAUAAGAAUAAAAAUUAAAGAAUUGCUUUUCUGCAGAAUUCUUUUCUGUAGUCCCAAAGUGUCAGUUGUCUACUUGCUGCUUUAUAAGCACUUGUAAUCUAGCCCUGCCUUUUCCGUCUCUGGAGUAUGCCUUUCUAUUAGAUUUUGGCUUUUUCUUUUCCUUACCCCAUACUUUUUAAUAUACGACUCAGCUUUUUUGGUUCUGAUAUAGUCUUAGCCAAACAUGUAACAAUUUCUUUUCUGCUCUUCACAAUCAGUGGUAGUGGCAUUGUGCUUAAUCUUCAGGUCUGGCAGUAGGGUUGCUCAUGAAAGUGUUCUUCUUUUUAAGGCAGUUAAGAAACAGGAAUGGAAAGAAAGUGCUGUAGUCGGCCUCUGUUAUGUUCCUUGCCAACAAUGUACACGUUCCUGCUAGGUGCCAUAUUCAUCACUUUAAGCUCAAGUCGCAUCUUAUUGGUAAAAUAUUCUGCCAAUGAAGAGAACAAGUAUGAUUAUCUUCCAACUACUGUGAAUGUGUGCUCAGAACUGGUAAAGCUCAUUUUUUGUGUGCUUGUGUCAUUCUGUGUUGUAAAGAAAGAUCAUCAAAAUAGAAACUUGAAAUGUGCUUCCUGGAAGGAAUUCUGUAAUUUCAUGAAGUGGUCCAUUCCUGGGUUUUUUUACUUCCUGGAUAACUUGAUUGUCUUCUAUGUCCUAUCCUAUCUUCAGCCUGCCAUGGCUGUUAUCUUCUCAAAUUUUAGCAUUAUAACAACAGCUCUUCUAUUCAGGAUAGUGUUGAAGCGGCACCUAAACUGGAUACAGUGGGCUAGCCUCCUGAUUCUGUUUUUGUCUAUUGUGGCUUUGACUGCUGGGACUAAAAGUUCACACCAUAACUUGGCAGGACAUGGAUUUCAUCAUGAUGCCUUCUUCAGCCCUUCAAAUUCCUGCCUUCUGUUCAGAAAUGACUGUCCCAUAAAAGAUAAUUGCACAGCAAAGGAGUGGACUUUUCCUGAAGCUAAGUGGAACGCCACAGCUGAGGUUUUCAGUCACAUUCGUCUUGGGUUAGGUCAUGUUCUUAUUAUAGUCCAGUGUUUUAUUUCUUCAAUGGCCAAUAUCUAUAAUGAAAAGAUAUUGAAGGAAGGGAACCAGCUCACUGAAAGCAUCUUCAUACAGAACAGCAAACUCUAUUUCUUUGGUGUUCUUUUUAAUGGGCUGACCCUGGACCUUCAAAAGAGUAACCGUGAUCAGAUUAAGAAUUGUGGAUUUUUUUAUGGCCAUAAUGCGUUUUCAGUAGCCCUUAUUUUUGUAACUGCAUUCCAGGGCCUUUCAGUGGCUUUCAUUCUCAAGUUCCUGGAUAACAUGUUCCAUGUCUUGAUGGCCCAGAUCACCACUGUCAUCAUCACAGCAGUGUCUGUCCUGGUCUUUGACUUUAGGCCCUCCCUGGGAUUUUUCUUGGAAUCUCCAUCAGUCCUUCUCUCUAUAUUUAUUUAUAAUGCCAGCAACUCUCAAGGUCUGGAAUAUGCACCUAGGCAAGAAAGGAUCCGAGAUCUAAGUAGCAGCCUUUGGGAACGUUCCAGUGGGGAUGGAGAAGAACUGGAAAGACUUACCAAACCCAAGAGUGAUGAGUCAGAUGAAGAUACUUUCUAAUUGAGAUAGAGUCUCACUUUAUGGCCCUCGGUAGAGUGUUGUGGCCUCACACAGCUCACAGCAACCUCCAACUCCUGGGCUUAAGCGAUUCUCUUGCCUCAGCCUCCCGAGUAGCUGGGACUACAGGCGCCUGCCACAGCGCCUGGCUAUUUUUUGGUUGCAGUUUAGCCAGGGCCGGGUUUGAACCCGCCACCCUCGAUAUAUGGGGUUGGCGCCUUACCGACUGAGCCACAGGCGCCGCCCAGUAUCUAACUGUUAUUGUAGUUAUUUCCAUUUUUUCCUUCAGUUCUGUCCAUUUUUGCUUCAUAUAUUUUGAUGGUCUGUUACUAGACAUAUAAAUGUUUACAAUUAUUCUGUCUUCUUGAUGUAUUGAAUAAUGUAUUAAUAUAUAAUGUUCUUUGUCUCUUAUAACUUUUUUUGAUUUAAAGUAUAUAUUGCCUAGUAUUAGUAUAGUCACCCCUGUUCUCUUUUGGUUAUUAUUUGUAUGAAAUACCCUUUUCCAUUCUUUCACUUUUAACCUACUUAUGUUUUUGGAACUAAAGUGAAUUACUUGCAUAAUGUGUGAUAAUAAUUGAAUGAUUUUUUUUUUUUUUUUGUAGAGACAGAGUUUCACUUUAUUGCCCUCGGUAGAGUGGCGUCACACAGCUCACAGCAACCUCCAACUCCUGGGCUUAGGCAAUUCUCCUGCCUCAGCCUCCCGAGUAGCUGGGACUACAGGUGCCCGCCACAAUGCCCAGCUAUUUUUUUGUUGCAGUUUGGCCGGGGCUGGGCUUGAACCCGCCACCCUCGGUAUAUGGGGCCAGUGCCCUGCUCACUGAGCCACAGGCGCCGCCCUGAAUGAUUUUUUUUAAUGCAUUCUGCCUAUGUUGGUUGAUUGGAGAGUUUAAUUCAUUUACAUUUACAGUAAUUACUGGUAAGGAGAAACUUACGUUAUUUUACUAUUUGUUUUCUAUAUGUCUUGAAGCUUUCCCCCCCUCAUUUCUCACAAUCCUGUUAAUAGACUCCAGAGUUCCAAAAUACAUCAGACAGACUUUGCCAGUGCAGUAUUGUUUAGGUGGGGAGACAGAUUUCUGAAGCUUUCUAUUCUGUCAUCUUCCUAGAAUCUUCUUGUUUAAUUAUUUUUAUUUUAAUAAAGUUCAUUUUAUAUUCUGUAUUUGUAGGGUUUGUUUUAUGUUAUUUUUUCCUUGUGUCUAGUUGAAAUACACUUAUUUUCUUUCUUGUUUGCUAAUGAAUAUGUUUAUAGCUUGUAGGAACAUUUUCCUGAAGUAUAUAUACCUUAGGCCAAUCCUUCAGACUUUGUUUUUGUUUUUUUUUACUAUAUUGUUAAAUUUCUAAUUUUAAUUAUUAUGAGCAUAUAAUAGUUGUUAAAGACUUUGAAUUAUAGUAUUAUUAUUUGCUAAUUAUUUUGAUUCUAGGGUAAUAAUUGAGGUUUUUAUUCAUACUUUCAUUAAUUCCUAAUUUUCAUACAUUUGGUUAGAAAAUGUUAUCUGUAUUCUUUCUGUUUUUUGGAAUUUAUAGAUAUUUCCUAUAUGACUAUUUUUAUGCAUGUUUCAUGGCCAUUUAAAUAGAAUGUACUUUAUUUUCUUAAUGCAAAGUUUUUUACAGGGUUUCUGUCACUUUCCCCUUGUAUUUCAAUUCUGACGAUCUUUAUUUUGUGUCAUUUACUGUUAUGAUAUUUGGUAUAGAAAGCAUCAUACCAAUAGUAUCUUAACUGAUUUAUGUAUGCUUUUAAUCAUUAACAGAGUUACCACUUUUUCUAAUUUAAUGCUGUUUAAUAUUUAAUUUUACUUGUCCAAUAUUAUUACUGCUAAUACUGUUUGAAUAUUUCAUAAUACAAGUAUUACAAUAGUAAUAUUACUAAUGUUUACAUAUUAAUGUUAAUGUUGGCAAUGUUGAUGUCUCAAUAUUAAUAUUAUAUUAAGUAUUGUUUUUAUUUGAUUGCAUUAUUAGGUGUACUUUCGUCUGUACCUUAGUAUGCAGUAACUUUUUUGAGAAAGUUAGCAUUGGUUUGAUAUUUGAACUAGUCUUGAGAACUUCUUAUAGUAUUUUAAAUUUAUUACACUUAUACUUCCAGUCUGUUUUAUAACUAUUGAUUACUUUUGCAUUUUUAAAAACAAAGUUAGAACUUUGUAAUUUUACCAACUUCAAAAAUUAAAAUGUAGUAAUUGACUCCUUUCACUGAAAGAUGAGGAGCUUGGAAUAUAUUUUCUUUCAUCUCCUAGUUUUUCUUCAUAAGCUCUGAGAAUUUUAUCCAGGGCUGCAAACUAUAAUGCAUGCAACCAUUCUAAGACUCGUAUUUUUUAUGUGUUACCAUCUCUGCAACUAGAAUGUUUUGCAUGUAACAUAGCUACAGCUUCAUGGUGAUAGUAAUGAGGUUGUCUUUGCCUAUGUGAGCAGGUGUUUGGCAUGACUAGAGAAAUACAACUUCUUGACAUUUUAGUUAACAACACACUUCAGAAGGAGAAAAUAUGAGUCCUGGUUGUUGCCUGAAAAGUCUUUCAUUGAUACUUCCUGGUAAGAUCAAGAACAUGCCAGUGUCAGAUUUUACAGAAUGGAUAUUAAUAUCUUGGAAGAAAAUCCUGGAGACAGCAGAGAAAAUCCUUUAAGAAAUUAUGUAUCAGCUUAGUGCCUGUCACCAGCCACAUACACUGAGGCUGAUGGAUUCGAAACCGGCCUCGUCCAGCUGAACAACAGUGACAACUGCAACAAAAAAUAACCAGGCAUUGUGGCAGGCGCCUGUAGUCCCAGCUACUUGGAAGGCUGAAGCAAGAGAAUCUCUUAAGCCUAAGAGUUGGAGGUUGCUGUGAGCUGUGACACCACAGCACUCUACUGAGAGUGACAUAGUGAGACUCUGUCUCAAUAAAAAAAAAAAAAAAGAAGAAGAAGAAAUUAUGUAUGAUCAUUUCUCUCAAUGGUGCAGAGAACUAUUCCGUAUGGAAAACCUGAGACAUCUAUAGCUUUGCAUCAAAAAGUGAUUCAAAGGAUUCUGGCUCAAAAUGGGAAGAAUUUUAGGAAUAGUUUAAUUUAUUUCAUUUAUUGUUUCCCUUUUUAUGUUAUUAUAGAGUGAUACAUGAUAAAUAAGCUUUAAAAGCUCUUUAAACAAAUAUAAAAUAAAAAUUCUAAAUGAUAAAAUGGUAUUGUGUUUAAAUGAUGGUGUACUUUUUGAGUAGAUAUAAAAUAGUGGUGUCUUUUAGAAUUGGUGCUGUCAUAGUUUGAUGAAAGAUUUUUUUAAAAAAUUUGUAUUGUAUACCUUUUCCUUCAAUUAUUAAUAGUUUGCCUUUUAGUUUGUAAUCCCAAUUAACACAACUAAU